UCCGUUUUCCUUUUUCCUCUUUCUCUCAAAUCUCAAUAUGUGACCAAAAACCGUUAACCUGUUACAACGAGGUCCAUAGCCAAAGCCACUUCCAAGUUCAAACACCUUCACUUCAAAAUGCAAAAGCAAAGUACUAAUAUCUGAAAUACACUCACAGUCACAGCUGAGCAAAGCAAAGCAACAAGGCUCUGGCCAUGGCUUUGAUAUCUAAAAUACCGCCACGUGUCCACUUCCGCACAAACCCUAUCCCUCUCCACUUCUCACCCGUGGCGGUGAUCCUAUCAUUCCCUCCUCCCUCCCCAUUCCCAACGACGUCGCUUCAUCUUCUUCAUCACCGCACUCGCCUCUGCGUCUCUGCUCUCAAAACCGGUCCCGACGGAUACGGCUCCGAUUUGCUUCGGAAACCUAUUAUCUCUCCGGACGCGGACACGGACACGGACUUGGACACGGUUGGGGUUUCGGAAAAAGACGAGGACAGUGAGGGAACGACAGAGUACGAGGAAAGUGACGACGACGACGACGACGAGAAAUUUGUUGAUUGGGAGGACCGGAUUUUGGAGGACACUGUUCCUCUCGUUGGGUUCGUUAGAAUGAUUCUUCAUUCUGGAAAAUAUCAAAGUGGAGAUAGAUUGACUCCAGAGCAUGAGAAAACCAUUAUUGAUAGAUUGCUUCCAUUUCAUCCUGAGUUUGAAAAGAAGAUUGGAUGCGGCAUUGAUUAUAUCACAAUUGGUUAUCAUCCUGAGUUUGAAAGGUCACGUUGUUUGUUCAUAGUUCGAAAGGAUGGACAGUUGGUUGACUUUUCAUAUUGGAAGUGCAUAAAGGGCCUGAUCAGGAAGAACUAUCCUUUAUAUGCAGACAGUUUCAUCCUCAGACAUUUCCGAAAACAAAGGCGUAGUUUAUGAAGGUAGCAUUCUCAAUUUGUCUGCCACCUGUAUCAUUGUAUUGAAAGAAUUUUCCUUUUUCUUUUUUAUUUUAUUUUUUCUUAUUUAUAACAUGUUAAGUAGCAUGUUAGAAAUUAGGAGGUAUUUGAUUUUCUUGACUUCUUUAAGUUCGGGGCAAUUGAUGGAAAAAGAUGGGACUGAAUGCUGUAUGUAAUUGACUGAAUUAUGUAUAAUUAUCCACUCCAGUAAGUCAUAUUGUCCAAUAUUUAUGUA